UUCCUCCCACGAGCGUUCAACACCCACCCCCACCCAAUUCUGCACGACCAGCAGCGGCCAUGGCAGAGCUUGGUGGCAUGCUUGCCGCUGCCAUCCUGAAGGUGGUGGGCGACCAGAUCAGUUCAGCGAUCGGAGGUCAGAUCACCCUGCAGAAGAACUUCGAUGAGGACCUGAAGAAGAUGAAGAUGGCGCUCGAGUCUGUCGAUGCCGUCCUCGAGGAUGCCGAGAGGCGGUCCAUCACGGAUAAAUCAACGUGUCUUUGGUUGAAGCGGCUUAAAGACGUCAUGUAUGUCAUCUCCGACAUGAUUGAUGAGUUUGAGGCAGAUACACAAGCCAUCACCCAGCCAUCCACGCGGAAGCUCUCCUUCAAAAAAUAUUUGGCAAUUAUGAUUCCCUGUCUCACAAUUGGUCCGAAGAUUACAAUGGCCAAUAGGAUGGAGAAGAUGAGGAAGGAUCUAGAGGUGAUAACAGAUCAACACAACAAGUUUAAAUUGACAGAAGGUACUAGUGCCAAUGAGCCGAAGGUUACUGAUAUAAGAGAAACAUCCUCAAUCAUCGAGACACAAAUUGUUGGGAGGACCGAUGAUAAAGUUGAAAUAUUGGCUACUUUAUGUGAGAGCAUGACAGAAGAUAUCAUAAUUCUUCCUAUAUAUGGCAUUGGAGGGCUUGGCAAGACCACCUUGGCAAAAAUGGUAUAUAAUAGUUCCCAGUUCAAAGAAUACUCUCAGGUGUGGGUUUAUGUGUCUCAGACAUUUGAUUUGAAGAAUAUUGGAAAUUCUAUAAUAACACAACUGUCAGAGAAAGAGAAGGAGAGUGAGUACACUGAAAUUCAGAUGAUACACAAAUCCCUUCAAAAGCUUCUUGCUGGUAAGAAGAUUCUUAUUGUAUUAGAUGAUCUCUGGGAGGGUGAGGAUUUUCAUCUGGAAAGCCUGACCGAUAUGCUAAGGGUUGGGAAGGACAGUAAUGUGGUUGUUAUAGUAACCACACGCGAUGAAGGCAUAGCAAGAAAAAUUUCUACCAUCCGACCAUACAAAAUAAAAGCUUUGACCGAUGACAUGUGCUGGUCUAUAAUAAAGCAAAAGAGUGCAUUUGAAUCUAGAGGUGGCAAAGAACACACAGAGAAGACAGGGAUGGCUAUUGCAAUGAAGUGUGGUGGUGUGGCUUUAGCAGCUAAAUCAAUCGGACACACGCUGCAAUAUAUAAAUUUUAAUGAGUGGGAAUCCUUGAGGGAUAGCAAUAUAUGGACUGUAUCUUCUUUGAAAGAUACAUCUUGUACACAAGUGAUUGCAUCUUUGAAAUUAAGCUAUAGUAUUAUGCCAUCGUAUUUGAAGCUAUGCUUUGCCUAUUGUGCAAUAUUUCCUAAAGGUCACAAGAUAGUUAAAGAUCACCUUAUUCACCAGUGGGUUUCUCUUGGUUUCUCUACUUGGCAACUUGGCGAGAGAUGCAUUCGUCAGCUGCUGGGAUUCUCUUUCCUGGAACAUUCAAAUUCACAGUUGAAUAUCGAGUUAUAUGAGGAAGAUAUUACAUUGUUCACCAUGCAUGACUUGGUGCACGAUUUAGCAAGGACAGCCAUGGACAAUGAAAUUCUUGUCAUUAGCAAAGGCGAUAAAGCCCAGGGAAGCUGCUAUCACUAUGCAUUACUCGAUGAUUGUAGCAAGCCAUUGGUCUCGGAGUUAUCCAAGAUAAGGGCACUCCGUUUUAUGAAGUUGCCAGAUUCUAUUGGUGUACUCAAGCAGUUGAGGUAUCUUAACGCUCCGAGAGUCCAACAUACAACGAUUCCAGAUAGUAUCACCAAGCUCUCAAAAUUAAUUUAUCUUGACAUUCAUGGAUCUACUACAAUUAUGGAGCUACCGGAGUCAAUUGGAGAUAAUGAAGGUCUGGCGUAUCUUAAUUUGUCAGGUUGUUCAGGACUUGCAAAACUGCCAGAAUCAUCCAGGAGGCUACAAAAAUUGGUGCAUUUGGAUCUGUCAAAUUGCUCUUGUGUUGGAGGUAUAUCAGCACUCUUGGGGAACCUCACAAAACUCCAGUAUUUAAACUUAUCUCACUGCCAAAAAAUUGGGAAGAUGCCGGAAGCUCUUGGCGUCCUAUCCAAGCUAGAGUACUUGAACUUAUCAUUCAGCUCAUAUCUUGAAAGUUGCCAGGAAGCAGAAGUUUUGGGCGCCCUGAACAAACUUAAUUAUUUGAACUUAUCUUCAAAGCACUGUGGUCUUCGAAAGCUCCCCGAAGCUUUGGGCACAUUCAUUCAACUCAAGUACUUAAACUUGUCAGGUUGUGAGAGAAUGUCAGAAUUGCCGUGGUCAUUUCCGAGUCUAAAAAAUCUGGUGCAUCUUGAUCUAUCAGAAUGUUGUAGUAUUCGUUGUCUAGAUGAAGCUUUGGCUGGCCUUUCCAAUCUGCAACAUUUGAAUUUACAGGCUACACGUAUCAUGUUGUUGCCAGAAAAUGUGACCAAACUCCGGUAUUUGAAUGUGUCUGGGAUGAUUUAUAUGAAUCAAGAUACCAUGGACAGUAUCAUCAACUAUAUAUGCAGUAAUAUUUCCAAUCUGGAGCAUUUGGACUUGUCUAAUAAUAAGAUGAGCACUAUACCUGAAAGUAUUUGUAACCUGGGAAAACUGCAUACAUUGAACCUCGCACAAUGUGUUUUACUUGAAAAGAUACCAGGUAGUAUAGGUACAAUGGAUAGUUUGAAGUUUCUUGAUAUAAAUGGUUGUCGGAAAAUCAUCAAAGCCCCUCAAGUUGGUAGUAGUGCAAUAUCGUUACCACACUUUGUGGUCCAGCCUGCUGAUGAUGGUCACUCUAGUAGCAACCUCGUCCUACUACAACACAUGGAUCCUAUGGUGCUCAAUUUGUCUAAACUUGAAAAUGUGAAGUCCAUAGAAGAGGCACAACGAAUAAAUUUGAUAGGGAAGAAAAAUCUUAAGUGCUUGAAACUAGAGUGGACUCCAAAUGCCGAGAGGUUUGUGGAUCACAAAAUUUUGAUGGAAAAUCUGGUGCCACCGAGCACAUUGGAGUGGUUGGAGAUAUGUGGUUACAGCAGUGUCAGCUUUCCAGCUUGGCUAGUACUGGACCGAUUGCCAAACCUUGAGCAUCUGGUUCUCAGAUGCAUGGCAAACCUGGACGAGUGGACCACGUCACACUCCAGUGGCGAGCAGCACGUGCUUGCAGAGUUGGAAAUUAAUGAUUGCCCCAUGUUAAGGAUUAAACCGCUUCCACCUAAAGCUAGAAGGUGGGUGAUAUCAAAGAGUGAUAAUGUGCUAUCAUCAUGGGAAGAGUGUACUGGACCAGACACCAAUGCCUCCUCCUCUUUUUCGCAGGUACCUAAUGAGCUGUCAGUUGAAAACUGCAACGUACCUUUGCAUCAGUGGAGGUUGCUUCAAUACUUACCUAGCCUCACUUGGUUGCAUAUUAAUUGCUCAGUUGAUCUGACCAGCUCACCAAAGGUCAUCCAACAUCUCUCCUCUCUGAAGACUCUAAAGCUACGAGACAAAUUCUUGGAAGAGCUGCCAAAAUGGCUGAACGAAAUCAUCUGGCAACUCACAAGGCUAGGACUGAUCGAUUGCAAAAACAUGGCAUCACUGCCGCACUGGUUAGGAGAAUUAACCUCCCUCAAAGAACUUGACCUGAAGGGCUGUUCUGUCUUGUGUUCUUUGCCAGAAAGUAUACAGCAACUAACCAAUCUCCAAACACUAACAAUUGUUGACUGCCCUGAAUUAAAUCACUUGGGUCAAAGGGUAUGUAUCCUACCCAGCUCUCUCAAGGCUCUUGAAAUCGGGUACUGUAACGGUAUCAAGUGUUUGCCUGAGGGCAUGGAACAACUCACUAACCUCCUUUGCCUGUAUAUAUAUGAUUGCCCUGACCUAAAGCAGUGGUGCGAAUUAGAGGAGAACAUGAUGAAGUUGGCUCACAUAAUAGAGAAGAGGAUUAUGGCUCUCGAGGCUCCCGUGUCAGCUGCAACUGCUGAUGCCCUAGGUCUGGAGAUGCACGGCAUGCAGGCCAAGGCCACGGUGCACACGACACCCGAGCUGGUUGACGAAUUCGAGCCCGACACUCCGAUUUCAGGUUGCCAACAUUCCUCUCCUGGAAGAGGUAUGGCCAUGCCGCCCAUCGAGCAGGUCGUUCUCUCAGCGUGGGCCAGGCGGGAUGCGCCGACCAUGAGCCAUGUUGUUGGGGCGGUGGAUGCCAGCCCACCAAGGGAGCUGCUCCACCUGGAGGUCGCAAAAGUUGUGGCCUUAGAAGUUGUGGCCUGCCGAGAGGGUCUGGCUCUAGCUGCUGAUCUCAAUCUUCAGAAACUGCAAGUAUCGUCAGACUACCUUGAGGUCAUUGGCAAGUACUCCCCUGCCUUCGACAGCCCCCUCUCCACCCUGGCUAAGUCCGCUAGCAAGAAGGGGUGCCCGCUCCAGCCAAGCCGCCCGCCCCUGCCCAGAUUGUUGCCUGGGUCCAGUAAAGAUGUUAUUCUGUUGUCAGUUUGUAUCAGAGAUGGGAGGUGCUGCGUCCUGGUUGUUGGCUGCUAUGAGGAAGCGGAGGCGCUCACAGAGGGCGAGGGCAACGAAAAAGACCUUCAGAUAAAUAUCAGUGGCUUCAAUGAGACCAAGGCAGUUUUGGACGCCACAACUGAUGCUCCUGCUAGCACUGCUGAACCUGAUGGCUUGCCAAAGAAGUUGGAGGUCCUUGCAGAGAGGAUUCGAGUCACCAAACGAUUCCAUUGA